AUGGCUGCCAGGAGCCGAUUCCUCUCUGACGGCCGGAACCAUGACAAGAAGGACGGGUUCAUACCUGCACGCUCGACAUCGCACUCGAUUUUCGGUCGAUGGAAAUUAUUUCGACGCAGGCGUAUAAUGCUUGCGCUGCUUGCGCUGUGGCUACUGUAUCUGUUCUUCAAGAACCUGCCAACAGACCUUCCUCCCGUUUCUGAGCGCUAUAAUCCUCGAUAUGGUCGCCUGCACCCUGGUAUACAUCAAUGGGAAUCUCCAGAACACAGCAAAGACGGAACAGAUGAUAGCUACGAAGGUCCCAUCAAAUUCUAUGAUUUGGCUGAAACAUUACGGAGCAAAAUCUACACUCGAGACUCCAAAGGCCAUGUUCUGUUCGCCAUUUCGAAGCUGGACAGUCUUCCGCGACUCCUCCCCAUUGCAUGUUCGUUCGCGCAACAAAAUCGAACCCGUGUCCACCUCGCAUUCAUGGGUCGUCAGGUUGCAGAUUGGAUAGGGAUUCGAGCCAUGAAUGGUAUUUCAGAAGACGAAUGUGAAGUACACCUGCAUAAUGCUCGCCCUGAUUUUCCUGCCCAAUCCUCUGAUCGAAGAAUGGGCAUCAGUGCUCGGGCAAGCUUGGGACAUAUCCAUUCUGCCAUACCACUACAUGCGGUCCUGGCUGGUGAUACUGACUACGAGGACGAAUAUUUCGUCAACGCGUUGAAGGAGAAGACUGCGUCGAUGGGGCUGUCCUUGAUCACCUUACCUACUAGGACGCUCGGGAGUCUAUCAUGGAUUUCAUCCUUGGACGCCUCGUCGCUCAAGCAUUUCGGCAAGGUACAUGUCGACAUUGUGAUCCAAGCACAAGCCGAGUCCUCAGCGUCUCUGAUGCGGCUCCUGAGAUCGAUCAAACGUGCCGACUAUUCUGGCUGGGCACUACCUCGACUGACCAUUGAACUUCCUUCAAAUGUUGAUCCAUUCUUGGAACAAUAUUUAUCAGGAUUCCGGUGGCCUCCAGACCGGACGGGUAGCGAAAGCAAGUUGGUCGUAAGGCACAGGGUCGACGCCAAAUUUGUUUCGCCGGCGCAAGCUUCCAUACGAACGGUUGAAACAUUCUAUCCUCUUGUGGCUGGUGAAUCUCACGUUUUAUUGCUGUCGCCCAAGGUUGAGCUUUCUCCAAGUUAUUUUCAGUUGUUGAUGUAUACACUGCUCGAGUACAGAUACGCUGCGCGACGAACAGAACUGGUCGGCCAUCUUAUUGGCUUCUCACUGGAUUUGCCGACACAUGCUCCUGACAUGAAGACCAAGGCUCCUUGGACCGCAGGGCAUCUUUCGGGGCCUCUCGUACUUUGGCAAGCACCUUCUUCGAACGCUGCGCUUUAUUUUGGUGAUCGAUGGAUCGAAUUUCACGCUUUUCUGUCUCGUCGAUUGAUGGCCGAUCCAGAAUUUGACAAGACCAAAUUGUCGCCGGCGUUAUCUCAUGAUUACCCGGCGUGGCUGCAGCCCAUGCUUGAGAUGAUGCAAGCUCGCGAUUAUUACAUGUUGUAUCCAACAUUCACCGAUAAAGAAGGCUCAGCGGCAGUGACGGUGCACCAGGAAUUACAUGAACCCCCGGAAGAAUUCAUGAAUCAGAAUCAAAUCGAGGAUGAACCUUCGACUCCGUCCGCAGGGUCCGAUCUAGCUGACGACCAGGCACUUACCGCUGAUGAAGAGGUUGGUCGGUUGAUGCGGCAAGAGCACAGAGUCUAUAGUGAUUCGCUUGUCACUCCGCUCCUAGAGUCCCUGUCAGUUGACACGCGACAAAGCGACCUUAUCGACGGGUCGAGUAUUCCAUUGAUCUCUUAUCCUGGUGGAAAGACCAACUGGCCUGAGUCUCGGAGACAGUCGCAGAUCUUUGCAGAAGACUUUGCACAUACUAUUGGAGGAUGCGACAGUUACAAUCCCAUAAAAGGGGAGAACAAUGAUAUCGAAGCCUUGUUCUGUCAAGCAAAAAGCUAG